UUUGUAUGUCCUUGAAACAUUUUCUCUUAAAACUUGGGUUUGUCAGUUUCAGAGCUCCAUGUCCCUCCUCCUAGAACGUGUGCUAGGCAUAGCCUAACAAGGAGCCCUCCUCUAAGACCUUGCCUGGAGACCACAACCAAACUAGAAUUAACAGCUUCCAGGUCUAUUCUACUGAUGGAUUUUAAAAUUGAAUACACUUGGGAUGGUUUUCCAGUGAAGCAUGAGCCAGUGUGUGUCAAGCUGAGUUCAGGGGACAAGGGAGUGAAGAUGGAGGUUAGUGCUCCAUUUUUCAAUGAUCCUCUAACUCCUCUUGGAGAACCAGGAAAGCCUUUCAGUGAACUGUGGAAUUACGAAGUUGUAGAAGCAUUUUUCUUGAAUGAUACAACUGAGCAGUAUUUAGAAGUUGAACUUUGUCCACAUGGACAGCAUUUAGUUCUUUUACUCUCUGGAAGAAGAAAUGUUUGGAAAAAAGAGCUUCCAUUAUCAUUCAAAGUGUUCAGAGGAGAGACAAACUGGGAAGGCAUAGCUUUUCUUCCUUGGAGUUAUUUUCCACCCAAUGUGACAAAAUUCAACUCAUUUGCCAUUCAUGGGUCAAACGAUCAAAGAAGUUAUGAAGCCCUGUACCCUGUGCCACAGCAUGAACUGCAACAAGGACAAAAACCUGAUUUAAUAAUUCAAAAUAAUUUCACUUCAGAAGGCAAGAAAAGAGUAUAUAAAAGGUGGCAGAUGGCCCUUAAGCACUGACUGCUAUGAUCUCUAAGGAUGAAGGUAGGUAUUUGGAGAACAGCUAUGGCUUUGUCUUAUCCUGUUAUCUUCUCUUCCUCCUCUUUCCCUUCCUCCUCUUCUUCUUUUAAAGACUUUUACAAAAGAGCAUGUAUGGCCUUGGGCUGGAGUGUGGGUGGGGGUCUGCCUACUUCAGCCUCUAGAAUGCUGGGGUUGUUUUAGACCAUCUGGAUGCAUUUCUUUACUGCCCCCCAAUCUACCUAUAGCUACAAGUGACUUAAUCCCUCAUUCACCUUUAUUGUUUCCUCCUUCAAUUUACUUUUCCCUCCUCUAUUUUUAAUCUACUGUUCUUAAUACUAACCACUAGUCUUACUCUUUUAUUUUUAUUUCAUUAUUGCCUGUAGUAACUAAUACCUUAUUACAAACUAUAUAUCCCUGUUCCUCUAUUACUCCAGAAUUAUUAGAGUUGAGGAGGAAAUUUACCAAAACUAUAUUUUCAUAACCCAUCAGUUGUGGUUGUAUUUUCAGUUAGUAUUCUGAUCUUGGAGUAGUGCUAGAAAUAGAGCCAGGUGUCCUGAACUUGUAGGCUUAAGGUAUAUUUACUGAACUGCACCCCAGCUAAGUGGGAAGCAACAAAGCUUCAACUUCAUAUGACUCAGUAUUGCAACGGCUUCAACUGAAAGAAUACCACUGAUUUUUUUUAAAAAAUCAACCAAUAUCCCAUUCUAAAUGCAUAAGUCCCAACGCAGAAAUAUGAGAGAGAUAAAAACACAAGCCAACAUGUCUUCAACUACUACCAAUUCCAUAGUAAUUAUAGGUUGUGGUGGAAGUAAAUCACAUGAAAUUCUUCAAUGAAAUCACAAAGUCCUGAAUUAUUUCAAAGAGAAUACAAACAUCUGAAUAAAUUAGUCAAUACAGAAUAUGGAAAAGGAAUUCAACAAAGAGAUGAAAGUGCUGAAAACAAUCAAAGAGAAAUUUUAGAAAUGAAAAUCUCCAUAAAUAAAAAACUUCAGUGGAAACUUCAGCAAUAGAAUGGAUCAAAUGGAAAACAAAAUAUCAGAACUUUUAAGACAUAGAUAAAUUAGAACAUUCAGACAGCAAUAUAGACAAAAUAAUGAUAAAGAAUGUUUAGAACAUAAAAGACUCAUGGAACAUCAUUAGAAGAUCAAAUUUAGGAAUCAUGAAUACAGAAGAAGAAAAAGUAUUAAGUAAAGUCACAGAAAGUAUGUUUAAUAAAAUCAUAGCAGAAAAAACCUCCAAUCCAGGGAAAUGACAAUUAGGUUCAGGAAGCAUAGAUAUAAUCAUGAUCAGAAAAGAACUUCUCCAUGACAUAUAAUUAAAACAUGAAAGCUGCAAGGGAGAGAGAAACACCAAAUCACAUAUAAGGGAAGUCCCAACAGAGUAACAGUAUACAUUUCUCAAAAAAAGCUUGAGUUUGGGGAAGAACAGAAGAGAGCAAGAUAAGAGAUACCAUAAUAGAGGGAGACAUUAUAGGUUUAAAGAGAAGUCAGGCACUAGGGAAAUGUCUGGAGAGCUACAAA